AUGGGGAAGGGGCGGCAGAAAAAGUGUGGGGCAGCUAGUGAACAAAAAACAUCUGAUUUGCAGGGAUAUAAAAGUGUGCUUAAUUCAAAAAGCGCUGAAGAAGUACUGGCAAAUUUUGCAAAAUGGGAGCCUAGGCAUGGGAAGUUUAGGUAUCGUCAUCCUUGGGCUCAAUAUUUGGAAAUUGGUGGCAUUGCUCGAGAUUGUGCUUAUCGAAUUCAUGCCCUAAAUGUCUAUCUUAACUAUGAAACUCAGAUUGAACAGGAAACUAGAACUAAAAUUCAAGAGCCAUGCAUGAAAGUGUGUACAGAAUGUGGUCAUGUUUUAAAAGAAUUAGCAUUGGCUAUGAAGACAAUGACAUAUCCACUCACCAUUAUAGUCCACAUUGACAAUGCAAAAAUUGCUGCUGAAAAUCUCAAGUCCUUGCUCCACACAGAUAGUUCAUGGGAGGGAAUACACUUUUCUGAUAUCAUUCCUAUGGCAACAGUAGCUUCAUUACUCAUAGAAACAGUUUCUUAUACUGUAAAGAUGGUGGAAUCAUUUGAUCAACUUGCUGCCUUAGCAAGAUUCAAGAAGACUAAUCGAUUCGCCCUGGUGAGAAUAAGAACUAAUAGUUGGAAAACGAAAAGAGUAAUGCCAGAUCAGCCGAGUACAGAAAGUGUACAUCAUGAUGUUGCAGCAGAGUGA